AUGAUCGCCUUAACCGCCAUCGCGGCGGCCGCCUCCUUUGGCCGCCCUCGACUGCUACCGCAUGCGGCUCGGGCGUGCGUGGCGAGGCACCGCGCUGCGGCGAUGGAGGAGGCGGCGGCAGACUGGAGCUUCUUGGACGCAGCAUACCUGAUCACGUGCCCUGACGACGACGGGAGCAACCCGAGGCUAGACCGCGUACUGCCGCUGCUGCGCCAGGUCGGGCUGGGAGACCUGGUCGAGGUUCGCAGCUUUGAGCGCGACGACGCUGACCGAAUCCGCGGCUGCUACUCGAGCCACAUCUCGGUGCUGCAGGAGGCGCAGCGGCGGGUGGAGGGGAAGCGGGAGUGCAAUAUCCUCGUGCUCGAGGACAACAUCGACGUCUCGCCGCGCCUCUCGAGCGACACGCUCGCCGCAGUCCGCGAGUACGUCACGGACCCCGCUGCCGGCGACGGUGAGGAGCCUCGUGCAGCCCUUCUCGGAGCCUCCCUGCAGGUGGAGCGAACGAGCGGCGCGAGGGAGCGGAUCGUGCGGCUGCUGUGCACGCCCGACUCCGUGCUCGGUACCACCGCCUACCUCGUGACUCGCUCCGGCCUCGACGCGCUGCUGGCGGAGCACGCGCGGCACGGCAUCAAGUCGCUGGUCAACGCCCAGCUCGACAACUUGCGGGCGAUCCUCUUCCUGCCGACCUUCUACACGGCGUGGGAGCGGUUGCUCGUCGGGUCGGGGCUCAGCACGAGUGUGCUCUUCCCCGCCCUCGUCGGCUCCUUCGCCGUCACCGCCGUCGCCUCCACCGGCAGCCUCGUCUCGGCGCUGCUCGCUGAGGCGCGCGGCGAGGACGUCAAUUUGCUGCUGCCUGCCGCCAGCGCUCUCAUCGCCAUCCCUUCGCUGAUCGUCAUCUUUUACGGACUCGCGCUCGCGCCAAAGCCGCAGACCGCCGCCGCGCCGCGCGAGUCGCUCUCGGAGGGGAGACCAUGAGGAGGCAGCGGGCGGCGGCUGUGAGUCUCUGCUCGUCUCUCGAAACUCCGCCUGCGGAGGCUGCCAGACACCGUCUUGAGUGUCUCUGCGCCGUCGAUUUCGACAGUACACACUCCUGACCGGCCCUCGCGGGUUGCCGAGGCGCGAGAGGGAGGGCCAUACCCCGGAAUCGGAGCGCCUCCGCGUCUGUCGUCUUUCGCGUUACGCGUACUCUAGUACA